UCUUCCUGACUAACGUCAACGUCAACUGUCAAACAAUUCUCAAGAACAGUAAUUUUUCUAAUUUUACGCUUAAUUUCAACAUGAGUCAGUGUCUUGGACCUUAAAACAAUGGUAAAAAAUCGAAAAAUCAAGUCUUGCUAGCCAUAAACUCACUUCAGGUGAAAUGAAUGACCAAUCUAAGAUGUCCGGCGAAACGACAGUUGCAGUUGAGGACGGAGGAGGCGGACCCCCCUCCCCGGACACGCUGAGGCGCGAUCUCGAAGAAGAAUUUAACAUCCAGAGAGCAAAAAUGAAAGAACUUUUUUUACAGAAAGAAGAGGACAUGCGUAAGAUGGUGAUAGAGCGCGAGCAGCUGCAGUCGGAGGUGCUGAGCCUGCGCGCCGCGCUGCAGCAGCUGCAGACACUCAGCCACAACCAGAAGUCGGAGAUACAGAGUUUGCAGCUACUUGUCAGCGAGACGGUUGAGGCGUCGUCCUCAGGCACGGAGGAAGUGCGGCGACUGCGCGCGCGCACGCUUGACCUCGAGCACCAGCUGCGACAACAGCAGCAAGCGGAGCUGUCUCUGGCGCCCGCCACCUUCGUGCGCUCGCUGGCGCGCAAGCUCGGCGCUGACACCGACACUGAACACCCGCAGAGAAAGCAAAACAUAGAAGAUAACGAGCUGCUGAACUCCAUCAUCCAGCCGCUGGAGCUGGAGAUAUCCGCGCUCAAGAACAAGCUCAGAGAGACUGAUGCACAGCUGCAGGAAGCUUUGAAAGCCAAGGCAGCGCCGGCGAGUGCCGCGUCCUCCACCGGCUCCGGCGGCGACGCCAAGCAGGACACAGAAACGUUGCGGCGCUGCGACAUGUGCGCCAACUACGAGCGCCAGCUGGUGAGCGAGCAGGGCCGCGCUGACGCCGCGCGGGACAAGGCCAACCAGCUCGAGCAGGCGCUCAAGCUUGCGACGGAGGAGCUGGAGGGCGUGCGGUCGCUGCACGAGGAGACGCUGGUGGCGGCGGCGGGGUGGCGCGCGGAGGGCGGGGCGCGGCUGGGGGCGCUGGCGGAGCGCUUGGCCGCCGCCACCGCCGCGCUGGAGGAGCGCCAGGCCGCCGCCGCCGCCGCCGAGCAGCGCGCCCUGCACACCGUCACCACCCUCACCGUCGACAGGGAGACGCUGCAGAGGAAACUUGACGCAUUAGAACGAGACAACGCCAUGCUGGUGGGCCAGUAUACCAAGAAGGCGGAAGAAAUGCAGAACGAAAUAAUAGAUCUACCCGAUAACGUCGAGGAGCUGCAGGAGCAGCAGCUGCGGUUGCGCGAGCAGCUGAUCGUGUGCGAGGUGGGGCGCGAGGAGGCGGUGGCGGCGGAGCGCGACCUGCGCGCGCAGCUGCUGCACCACGGCGCGCUCUUCCACCGCCAGGAGGAGGCGCUCGCAGCCACCAGGGAGCAGCUCAAGGCCGCCAAGGAGGAGCUCGACCGGCUGCAGACGGAGCGCGAGCAGAUGCAGCAGCUGGCGGACAAGCUGCGCCACUCCAACGACAUGAUCGAGCAGCUGCUGGAGGACAAGAAGCGGCUGCAGAACGAGGCGUGCGAGGUGCGGGGUCGGGUGCACGCGCUGCAGCUGGAGCUGGACAACAGCGAGAAGGUGCAGCAGGACUUCGUGCGGCUGUCGCAGUCGCUGCAGGUGCAGCUGGAGCGCAUCCGCGAGGCCGACACCGAGGUGCGGUGGCAGCACGACGAGGACGUCAGCGAGUGCCCCGCCUGCCACACCGCCCUGCCCAACAACAAGAAGAAGGUGCACUGCCGGCACUGCGGGCGCAUCUUCUGCGGCGCGUGUGUGUCGCACUGUGUGGCGAGCGGGCCGCGCGGCGCCCCCGCACGCGUCUGCGGAGUCUGCCGCACGCUGCUGCAGCCGCACGCCGCGCCAUACUUCAGCACCGACCCGCCGCAGUGAACCUCCUCACCCCUCACUACACUACUGGUCAUGAAUGGAUUGUAUCGUGUGCGCCGAGUCCCUCCGUCUUCCAGAAGACCGCAACCGCGACUUGAGUGCGACGGAAGAUACUUUUCGUAUUGCCAACGUCAGUCGACCGUAACAGCGUAAUUCAUACAUGACCGUUAAAAAGUUUUCUCUUCAAAUUGUAGUCAAUCUGUCAAAAUAACCAAGCUAUCAUUAUUCGUUCGCUAUAUUUCUACAAGCUCUUACAAUUGUUACAACUACGUGUGUUAACAUGCAAACUUUGUGUGUAAAAAUAGUUAAAAUUAAUAUUAUAAAAUUAAGUUAUUAAGUGCUAUAAUUAUUGUUAUUUAAUUAUUCUAGUAAAAUUGUUUUUUUUUUUAAUGGAGAGUCUACAAACGACUGAACAACUAAAUGCGAGCUGUUUGUUACGAUAUAAUUGUCGCCGUGGGUUUUCACUGCAAAAACACUGGUAACAUCUUUGUGUUUCCAAAGGGAAAGAUUCAAUAUAUUUUUAUACAAGUUUUGUCAGUGGAAACUUAUUACAUCUGCCGGCUGACAUAUGCAAAUAAAUUGUUAGACUCUCAAUUGUUGGGGUCCGUACAUCUGGACCUUUGUAAAUAUGAACAGUUUAAAUAAUUAUUUAUAUUAAAUAUAGAUAGAAUGUUCACAUUGUAUGUAUAUAUAAUACAAGGACGACGUUCUGUGAUCCCACUGUACUGACGCUCCGGGAUACCUCAAAUUAUAACAGGAUGAAUAUAUUUUUUGCACUGUUUCUUGUUUAACAUCUUGUAGCACAUUUAUAUUUAUGUCUUAAUUAUUUCCAUAUUGUGAGUAAAGUCCUUGUUUCACAUUGAUGAUGUCACAGAACAGAGUCCAUGAGUUGGAGGCGAGCGGUGAUGUGAUAGCUAGCUGCUAGCAGAUGGCGCUCAGACCAUUACAUUAUUGUAAUAUAAAUAUAUUUUAUUGUAAAUAAUAAAGAGCUACUUAUUGUAAA